AUGAAACGACGUUCUAGAAACACGGGCUGCACGGCCACAGCUGUGUGUGUGUGUAGCUGCACCCGCCACCGCCACCGCCACCGUGCAGCGUUGAGCCUCACGCACCCCACCACCGUGGCGCUAGCGUUGCGACGUUGGAAAAAAUAUCACGAUUCCGAACCACAGCUGUUCUCGCUCUCUCCAACUGCACAGCCAAUUCACGCCGCACAGCAGCAGCAGCAGCAGCAGCCCGCAAUGAGUUCAUGCCUCCUUAAGCAGCGGCCCCUCCUGCUCACCGCCCGCAGGCCCCUCCACCUCACCGCUGCCCUCCCCCCAUUGCCAUUGCCAUUGCCAUUGCCAUUGCCACCCACCCGCCCCUUCACCCACCUCACCAGCCCGUCCCCCUCCCCCUCCACCGCCGACGACGACAUCCCCCUCGACCUCUCGCACCCCCCGCCCCCCCGCGAGGACCCCUGGGCCUUCCUGCAAGGCGCGCACCCCAAGCGGCCGCACCAGACACCCUACAUCGUACCCUCCUACCGCCACCCCUCCUCCCUCUCCCCGCUCACCCGCACCUCAAACCCCUUCACCACCAACCCCUUCACCGCGCCGCGCGCCCUCCCAAACUCAAACCCAAAGCAGCUCAUGGACCCCAUGACCCUCUGCGAGCGCGAGCGCCUCGUCUUCAAGGAAAUCUUCGAGCAGAUCCUGUCCUCCAAGACCGUCUUCGCGCCGCAGCCCAACGGCGCGCCCUUCCCCAGCCCGUCGCUGAACGCGCUCUUUGAGUCCGCCGUGGGCCCGCAGCAGCACCGCCACGAGAUCUCGUUCGGCCCGAGAGAGGGUGUGGAUAGGGAUAGCAUGAUUGCAAGGCUGGCGCUGGCGAGCAACUUUGAGGAGUUUAGUCCUGCGGUGCGCGCGGCGGCGGCGAAGGCGGCGGGCGUGGUGGGGAGCGUGUGGACGUCGAGGGAGAUGGAGGAGAUCAAGGAGCAGCUGGGCGAUAAGAUAUUGGAGAUGAACCGGUGCGAGACGGACCUGGAGCUGGGGAGCUGGAUGGAGACGCAUGUGUUCUCCAUGGUCGGCGGCGGGGGCGCCGAGAAGCGGGCGUUCCCGCCGGGGACGUAUUCGUACCUGCUUGCGGAGGGGAUGAGGAUACUAAGGAGCACGUUCAACGACCUGCAGGGCGUGUUCUCGAUCUUCAACAAGAUCAAGACGCUGGGCGCCGAGUCGUAUGUGGUGGGCUGCAGCGUGGACGUGUACAACCAGGUGAUUGCGGCCAAGUGGGAGGGCACGCGGGAUCUGUAUAAGGUCAAGGACCUGGUGGACGAGAUGGACACGAAUGGGAUCCAGGGGAACUCGAAGACGCUGCAGACGAUUAGGGAGAUCAUGCAGGAUGUGGCCAAGGUCGAUACUAAUGGCAUGUGGACGCAUGAGCUGUUUAGUGAGGGGAAUGGGGACGUCGUGGACGGGCUGAGGGGACGGGUCGAGGUGUGGGAGAAGCCGAGGCCUGCGUGGGGGAAUAUUGAGGAGGCGUUGAGGAGUAUGGGGGUGUAG